UCUUAACCUCUCCACGUUUCCAAGUAGCUGCCAGUGGAGAUCAUCAUCCUCCUCUCUCCGCUCAUUGGCGACGAGAGACGCCCAUCACGCGGAGCCAGCUGCGGGUCAUUCCCUAUCCGCACGCUCUGUCGGAAAUGGCAGCCGGCUCCCUCUCGUCCAUUGGACCGAGCCGCUGUCAGUCGGUCUCUCUCACGCUGAACACCGUCCGCCUCUCCGGCUCCCUGUCUGCUGAGACCGCCGUCAUAUUGGCUGCUAGGAGCAGCAGCGACCACGGCAGAGAAGGAAGACCCCCACCAUGACGAAGAGCGGGUUUUCGUGGCAGUUAAAGACUGAUUUAGCCUUUUAAAUAUUCUUGAUUACUAUUUAACGAAUUAAUUUUAAAAUAUUCGGGAUGAUACCGUCAAGUAUCCGAGUACCUUUAGUGCUUUCAUCCGACACCGUGGUCCGCAAGGGGGAUGUAUGCCUGACUUCUCUUAAUAGCCAUUUUUUGCAGACAAAGAGAGCUUUUGAAUAGGGCUUUCAAAAGGCACACGGGUCCCAGGGGCUCCUAUUGAUGAAGAAAGUGGGCAACAUGUGGAGCAACCUGAAGAGCAGAUGUCAGACACUCUUUCAUAACAAUAGUUCAGGACCCAGUGAAAGCAGGGUUGAGGCCGAUGCCGUCCACUGUGUCUUGGAUCUUGGCCAAGGAAGCAGCUCAGGUGAGGCCCAGGCAUCAGGAGCCUCCAGCCCAUCAAGGAGCCUCCUGCCAGUGCCAAUGGUGACAGCAGGACGGGGCCAUCAUAACUGUGUGUCUGACAUCCCUCAAAUAGUAGAGAUCACUAUUGACAAGGACACCGAGGAUGUACGGGGGGGAUCAGGGGGUGUUCCCCUGGCCCGGAGAGACUCCUAUUCCCGUCAUGCUCCUUGGGGGGGCAAGAAAAAACACUCAUGUUCCACCAAAACCCAGAGCUCUUUGGAGGCUGACAGACGGUCUGGACGCUUACGGGGGAGUGGAAAUCGUAGGGACAGACGUUACGGAGUCUGCUCCAUCCAGGAGAUGAGCGAUUCUGUAUCUGGAGGACGAAGUCUGAAUGCCCGGUCAUUACGCCAGCGACUGAGUGAUACAGUAGGGCUGUGCUUACCCCUGCCCGCUCGCAGACGUUCCCGCUCAUCAAAGAACCCUGUCACCUCCAAACGAAAGAUUCACCUGACUGAGCUCAUGCUAGAGACCUGUCCCUUCCCACCAGGCUCAGACCUAGCACACAAGUGGCACCUGAUCAAGCAACACACAGCACCGGUCAGCCCGCAUUCCUCCACUGCCCUGCUGGAUGCCUUUGACCCAGCCCACCCCUCUCCCGAGGAUGAGGAGGAACGUCUGCGUGAGCGGCGCAGGCUUAGCAUCGAGGAAGGUGUGGACCCACCACCUAACGCACAGAUCCACACCCUGGAGGCCUCAGUGCCAGGCUCCUCUCUCUACAAACUGGGACCAAAGAUGGCUCCUGGCAUGGGAGAGGCCUCUGGGGAAGGCCGGGCUUCAGGGGCCAGCAGCUCUGUGGGUGCUGGAUCAUCAGGUGCCUGUGGUCAGGUGUUGGGGGCUGCAGCGUCAGCCCAGGACUGUGACUCUGAGGAAGAUUCGACCACCCUCUGUCUGCAGGCCAGGAGGCCCAAGCAGAGGCACGCCUCUGGAGACGGUCACCUGAGCCGACAGCAACCUGGGCCCUGGAAGGUUCACACCCAGAUAGACUACAUCCACUGUCUGGUACCGGACCUAUUGCAGAUCACAGCUCUGCCCUGCUACUGGGGUGUGAUGGACCGCUAUGAGGCUGAGGCACUGCUGGAUGGGCGGCCCGAGGGUACCUUCCUGCUGCGUGACUCAGCCCAGGAGGACUACCUCUUCUCCGUUAGCUUCCGUCGUUACAACCGCUCACUGCACGCCCGCAUUGAGCAGUGGAACCACAACUUCAGCUUUGAUGCCCACGAUCCGUGUGUUUUCCACUCUUCCACUGUCACAGGACUGCUGGAGCACUACAAGGACCCCAGCGCCUGCAUGUUUUUCGAACCGCUGCUCACAGCGCCUCUCCAUCGGACCUUUCCUUUUGGCCUGCAGCACCUGGCACGAGCCGCCAUCUGCCGCUGGACCACUUACGAUGGUAUAGGCUCACUGCCUCUGCCCCCUGCCCUGCAGGACUUCCUCAAGGAGUAUCACUAUAAACAGAAAGUACGAGUUCGUUGGCUGGAGAGGGAACCGCCACUCAAGGUCAAAUAGGGUGGCUUUCUCCAUUGCCUGUACACACACUGCAGGAGGAUUACAGAACUUUAGAAAUUCCUCAUUAGCCAAUUAGAAGCUACACUGACAUAGCUCUCUUUUUGGUGGAGGAUGGAAUUUAAAUGUAACAAGCUAUAAAAGAUUCAUUCUAAUCUUUGUUUUAGUUAUUACUUACAUCACAGAAAAUACAUAUGAUUAUAUUCAGUAUAACGCUGUCUGGCAAGCACAUGUUUUUGUGUUGAACAGGUUGUUUGGACAGGGAAGGAAAGCACAAAUAUCAGUGCUUUGUGUCUUUUCUCUCCUGCUUUGUGCUAAAUGUCUGCCUGAUCCCACGACAUCACCCUGCCUGUAGACCUGCCUGCAUGACUCCCGUCUUCAUCCCAAAUUGCUAUUUAGGCCCACAAAGCUACAUUGUACAGUUCACUUUGUGCUUUCUCUUUUUUUCUUCCUAAGUUUGUCAAAGCACCUAGUGGAGCACCUUCCCAAGAAGGUUUUUAGGUGUGUGUGGGUUGAGAGGGCAACUGGAGGUGCCAUUGGUAUAUUGCAGUCAGAGCUUGUCCCAUGGAUAGAGCUACAUAAGGCACAUGCUUUGCCAUCUCUUUGCACAUGUGAGCAUCAGCUUAGCCAGUGACGGGGACAGAUUCUGGGAGGGUCCAUUGAGUUUAAGACAGCACAUCAGGGAAAUGACGUGCUUUUAAGGGACUAUAGAUUAGUCCUUCAGAAACAUUAGUUACUCUUUAAGCAGUAAUGGUGAAUGAUGAAUAAUAAAUCCGUUUACUGUGUCCUAUUUAGUGUGCAAGCUAAACUUGUCACCUUUAUUCCCGCACUUCAGCUCUGUGUACACUAUUGUGUAUGCAUACACAAAGUACAUUUCUCUGGCUUCAUAGUUUGUUUUACACCUGCUCUCUUCAGUUAGCAUCUUUUGGUGGCAUAUGUCAUAAGAAAAUCUUCGACCCCUGUAUUGGUUGUUUUUCUUCUCAAGACACUCAUAAGGCUGCAAGCAGCUUUGCACAUGUAGUUAAGGUUGAUGAAUAGGGACAGCUAAUUAAGACGAUACUUUAAAAUCUCUCAUCAAAAUUGCAAUUUACAUCUCCCAUAUUGCAGUACCCCUUUCUUCCUUAAUUUAUAUUUGUUUUAUGAAACCAUGUUAAAAUGCAUUAACUUUUUUUUUUUUUUUUAAUUUUUUUUUUAUGAAGUGGACAUGUCACCAGCAGGAAAAGGGCUUGCUACAGUUGAUGACCCCCAUUUACAACCUAUGACUCGAAGGUCACAGCCCUAACAAUUAACCUCAUUGCCCUGUUGCAUUUAUAGUCUAAUUUAUAACUUGAGUGCAGGCAACACUCGAGUCUCAAGAGGUUUACAUCUUUGCAAACUUCAGUUAUGGCAUUGGAAUGAUUUCAGUUGUGUCACUUGGGAGAAAAAGACCGCUGGCUAGCCGCUCAUUUCUGUUUCUGUGUUUUCAUUGUGAAGAGAAAAUACAUGUAACCUAUGUGCCUUUUAUGGAGAACCAAUUAUCUUGUUCCAUAAUCAGUUGCUCUGUAGUCCAAACCUAGAGCAGGAGGUGCUUCUUCCAUCAAAUGAGACUGAAGAUAAUAAUAAUGAUGCUCUAGGCUAAAAUUUUUGUAAAGGAUACAAUUCUAGUGGUGCUAUGUUGGUUAAGCUACAACAGAUUAUUGAACUGAUAAGUUGUACAUAAGUUACAUCUGUUUUCACUGACUAAUGCAUGCAUUUAGUCUCUUGCCACAUUAUGACCUGUAUGGUAGUGUUAGGUUCUUAGUGGGUCCAAUGCCAGCCCUACUGUAGCACAUUUCAGUGAAAGACAUCAAUACCCAGCCCUUACAUGUGCAGGUUCUAGUCUGCAUCAGAUCCCAAUGAGAGGGUAUGAAGGAUCACUCUUCACUGUGAGCAUGUUUUCUCUGAAUAAUCCAUCUUCUGCUCAAGUUAGCCAUCAGAAACACUGUUUGUUCUAACUCUUUAUUAGUAUUAAAUGCACAUGACCUGGCUUAAAAAAAAAAUCUAGUAGUUGAACUUUUGAACACUUGUGCAAAUGACUGUGCGAGGGUGAGAAGUGAAGAGACAAGCAGACUGGUUCCUUUAAGGCAUUUUGAGAAAACAAUUUCUGACUUCUAAUUAAUUGGAAAGUAUGAAGAUGAAAACCCUGCAGGUAAUGUGUAAAACUGAGAUAUGGAAGCUGAAAGAUGCAUGAGUUCAUCAUUACUGGAAAGGUUCUCAAGCUAGUUCAUAUUGUAGUGUGUGUGCGUGUCUGUCAGUCUGCACAUGUGUUAAAGGUUACUGUAGUUCUCAUCAUCGAGGAUGAAUCAUGAACAAAUAUCAGUGAAUUUCUUUGCCCAUGAGCAUCUGAGUCUGUGACCAAAGCUCUUGCACACACCUAUCUGUAUUAAGGCUGCAGCUUAAUAAUGUGCUCAGUGGUGUUAAAGUAAAGCUAGUUUUUAUGUCAGAUUUCCAACAAGUUAAAGCUAGAAUAAUACAACAGUAUGUUAGACUGUUAAUAUAAUCAUAGGGGAGAAUGUGGCACUGUUAAGCUUUCACCUACACCCUGAAAUUUAAUUUCACCAACUAAAUGGGCAGGCAGUGAGGUGGUUUCCAAACACAAAAGUCCCAAACAUUUUUCCACUGCCCUGCACUUUGUUCUCAGAAAACUUGAAUGCCGCAUGUUAAUCACCUGUGUGUGUCAGAGUGGCAGCAGUGAGUGUUAAGCAGAGGGGAUAGGACUGACUGAUGCUUGUUUGUGCACUUUUAUGUUUGAGGAUUUUUAGCAUCCACACUGUCAAAAGAGAAGAAAUAUAUAUCUAUUUGAACCCCCUUCCCCCGCCCCCUCUCACUCACACACACAUCACCCUUCAUACUUACUGUCACCUGUCUAUCACGCCACUUCCUUGCAAUAGCAUACAACUUGUUGCGGUGCCCCACCCCUCUCGCAGGCACUAAUCACAGGCUAAUUUUACCAUGUUGGGAUAUAAAUUUACUGGGUACUAAAAGGGCCACUCUGUGUUGCCUCACAGCUGCUGUGUGGCUGAGGGAGGCCUUUUUUGUUAUUAUAUCUAACUGCUCUCUCUCCAUCGGCCAUAUCCUUAACAUCCUUGUGCUGAUGUGGAGGUGGCCGUGGCAUAGAGCGAGCUAAGGCCCAUUUGUCCUACACUCUACUCUCUACCCGACUCUGUUAGGCUUAAGUGAACAUUGAGGAGCAGGAAUAGGAGAGAUGGGAGCUGGCUCACUGAGAGCAUUGGCUUCAUGUUGUGGCAUGGACAUGCUCAUGGAGAGGGCUGGGGAUUUGUUGAAGUAAACAGCACUUUAAUUGUGUUUAGUUUGUUUUCUACAGUGCAGUCUAUGAGUAUAGGGACAGUGACAUGUUUUUUGUUUGCUCUUUACUCCAGCAUAUUGGGAUUGAAAUUAUAGUUGAGCUUCAUAACUUUAUAUCCAGACCUAGUGAACAUGGUAGGAAUUGUACCUGCUUUCAGAUAUUGUGCAAAUUCAACAAACUGAAGUCAUCAUAUAGAGUUUGGUCUCAAGCAAAUGAAACAUCCUCUAUAGAACUGAGGUCAGGUGACUUUGCCCUCAUUGGCUGCUGCGUCUGUACGUCAAAGCUUUGUUCACCUGAUUUGACCUUAAAUUAGGAAAGACUUACAUUUCCCACUCUGCUACAUUCAAUAUGGAUUUGAACACUCUCAACCAUGAUAAAAGCUGAGAGUUAGCACUUUAAACCUUUAUGGUCUUUGUUUAAUCACCAAUAUGCUGCACUACAGAGCCAAAACAACUGACAAUUUCCUACUGUCCAAAUAUUUCUGAACAGCACUGUGUUUGUGUUUUAGCUCAAGAUGGCGAGAACUGUGUGAGUGUUGAGGGAAAAAAAAAAAAGACGGCGGUCCAGAAAUAUUUCACUUGUAUAUUCAGGCGUUGUAAGCUGUGUCAAUGGAGUUGAAUCCUCCGCCAUGCUGCAGACUCAUUGCAUGUGUGUGCGUCAUGCGGGAGUACAUUAUUGUCUGGACAGAGCCACACGGAGGAUUCAAGUGGAGGGGAUGCAGAGUCGACUGUGAGGGGUGAUGAUAGUGACUCCUAUGAACAAUGCCUCUUUGCCCCCACGCCCCACUCCCCAACCCCCCCUUAAUCUCAGGCAGGCCCAUUGCAAGGAGAGUCCCAGGACCCUCUCAACCCAGUUUUCCCCAUGGGAAAUAUCUGACAUUAACCGUAGCACAUGUUUGCCAUAUAACCUGUAGAUUUAGGAGAAAAAAAACAUUGUAUGUAUGAUGAAUGAUGGAGUUAUAUAAUAGGAGCCUGAUGAAAAGAAGUUUUAUUCUUCUGUGGUGCAUUAAUUGUCUGGAACACAUACAUUUGCACACACCUUGCUAUCAUACUUCUUCAAACACCUGCACUACCCCCAGGUAUUGAACACACAUCUACACCUUCCCGACACCACCAUCACCCCACCCUAAGCCAGGGAUGUGUAAACAUGGACCACAUUUAGCCAGCACCACCAUUCUAUGUUACUCCCCCCUCCAAAAAGGGGAGCACAAAGAUGGGUGUUUACGUGUAUAUUCUAUGUUCUUAAGAAAAAAACAUAAAAUGCGUGAAUUGAACUAUUUUGACCUUAUAUUGUCAUUAGUAUGACACUAUUUAGCUGCACUAUGAGAGCCUCAUUUGUGGCGAGAAACCACUGGGUCCGGUCUGGAUGAGAGACAGGCUGGUUGUCAUUAAACUACAGCUACUACCCUGGAUAAAAGACUCCAGCCCCCCCCUCAGUACGGCUCAUGGUUUUAGCUCUAAGAGGACAAACAAAAGGAAAAAAAAAGAUAUUUUAAACAUUUCUUUCAUGUUCCCAUAUAUAUUUUAGAAAGCUGGGUUAAGUGCUAUAUGCAAACAGAAAAAAAAGAUGUAUGAAAGAAUUAUUAUUUUUCAUUAUUACUUCUCCCUAAUAUGCAAUGGAGUGUAGUGUAACAAUGGUUGCAAUCCUCUGUCACUUUAAUGCUGUAUGUGCACAUUGGUUGCUGCGUGGAUGUGGGUGCCGAGGCAACAGGACUUGACAAUGAUGGGAACUAAUGGUUGUCACUCUGCAGCACUGCUGUGUUCCCAGACUGCCUUAUUCGUUCUGACCAAUCAGAAGAGCCCUUUUUAAAUCCCGGGCCACAGUCACCGCCACAGGCCGACCAAGCUGUCGUCAGACGAAUAUUGCUGUUCCAUUUUCUUCUGCUUUUCCUUGCUUUUUUUUCCUUUUCUUUCAUUUGUUUUUUUUUUCUUCUCGCUGUCAGGUAGGAUUUGGAGCGUGUAAAUGGCAUAAUCAUGUUCACAUUUCACUGUCUGUUCUGUGUAUCUGCUUCACCAUUCAAUGAGAAAAAAAAAACAGUUGUUUUCCAGUAUAACCUGUUCAUUUUAAGAGCCGUAUGAUGCGACACUUGUAGCUGUCACUCUUGGUGCUUGGCUUAUGCUUCAUUGUCUUAAUAUUCCAAAUAAAACUGUUAAGUGUAAUCCACACUGGCCCAUGAUAUAA